AUGUCACUAUGUAGAGUGUCUAUAACAUUACAAAGGCAUAAGGCGGGCGACAUUAAUCCUCGGACAUUCCAGACUCUGCUGGGAGGGGAAAGAUCAGGCCGUUUGAAUAGUUCAACAGCAGAUAUUGAGCAACACCUGAGGGAAACGCACGGAGAUGAAGAUAGGGGCAUUCCACUUGGGAACUGUCCACGGAUAGAAGCAGAGGAGCCUCCAGAGUUUCCGUUUGACACCAAGGAACCAACUUGGAAGGAGAUCCAAGAUGUUGUUAAGAAGGCAAGAACUGGUUCAGCUCCAGGCCCAAGUGGAAUUCCUUAUAAAGUGUAUAAGAAGUGCCCACGGCUUUUGAGGAGACUAUGGCAGUUACUGAGGAAAGUGUGGAAGAAGGGGAAGAUACCACCAUGUUGGCAGAAGGCAGAGGGAUGUUUUGUUCCAAAGGAGAAGGACUCAAAACACAUCGGGCAGUUCAGGACAAUUUCCUUGCUGAGUGUUGAAGGCAAGAUUUUCUUUGCAGUAUUGGCAAGAAGGAUGACAUCAUACAUGAUGACCAAUGGAUACAUUGACACAUCAGUACAGAAAGGAGGUAUCCCAGGCUUUUCAGGUUGUGUGGAGCAUACCAGUGUGCUCAGCCAACUAAUCAGAGAGGCCAAGUCCAGCCGAGGGAAUCUGACAGUAGUGUGGCUAGACCUGGCAAACGCAUACGGAUCAAUACCACAUGAGCUGAUUGAAGUAGCCCUACAACAUUACUUUAUCCCGGAGCAUAUACAGGGAAUAGUACGAAGCUACUUCAGUGGAAUCCAGGUGCGCUUUACUGUCGGGGAGGAUACAACAUCCUGGCAAAACAUAGAGAAAGGAAUAGUGACAGGAUGUACCAUAUCAGUCAUUCUAUUUGUCAUGGGGAUGAAUCUUAUCAUCAAGGCAGCAGGACGGGAAACCAGGGGGCCCAGGACAGAAUCAGGAAUCUACCAACCAUCGAAUCGAGGUUUUAUGGAUGACCUGACUGUGACUACCACCACACAUGUCCAAGCAAGAUGGGUUCUGUCUGCAUUGGAGGAGGUAGUCUCAUGGGCGAGGAUGAAAUUCAAGGCAAGAAAAUCAAGGUGCAUGAUAAUGAGGAAGGGACGACUGACACAACAGUUCAAGCUGAAAGUACAAGGAGAAGAGAUCCCAUCAAUUGCGGACAACCCAAUCAAGUGCCUAGGAAAGUGGUUUGAUGCAUCACUGAAAGAUACCAGCAACAUCAGCAGCAUGCAGAAGCAGGCAAUUGAGUGGAUGAGGAAGAUUGACAAGUCAGGCCUGCCAGGAAAGUUCAAGGCAUGGAUCUUCCAACAUGGACUGCUGCCGAGACUCAUGUGGCCCCUGAUGCUAUAUGAGGUCCCUUUGACAACAGUGGAAGGACUGGAAAGAUCCAUCAGCAGCUACCUGCGGAGGUGGCUUGGAGUCCCGCCCAGUUUCUCCAGCAUUGGGCUCUACAGCCGGACAUCAUCACUGCAACUCCCACUGUCAUCGUUGGUGGAGGAGUUCAAGGUAACAAAGGCCAGACUAGUGAUGACGCUGCGAGAUUCAAAGGACGUGAAGAUAAGAAAUGCAGGAAUCCAGACUAGGACAGGAAGGAAAUGGUCUGCAAGCCAGUCUGUGGAGCAGGCCGAGGGCGCUCUCAAGCACCGGGACAUCGUCGGAGCAACCUGCUCAGGCCGGCAAGGGUUGGGGACAACCCAUUUUCAGACGUGGGAAGGAUCAGAUGAUAAGGAGAAAAGAUCUCUGGUACAGGGAGAAAUCCGCAGAGAAGAAGAAGGGACCAGGAAAGCAAGGGCAGUGGAAAUGGGCUCUCAAGGAGCAUGGACGAAAUGGAAGCUGCCGGAGCGAAAACUUACAUGGACAGACCUGUGGCGCUAUGAACCAUUGAGGAUCCAGUUCCUGUUGCGGUCAGUAUAUAACACUUUACCAUCGCCAGCGAACCUUCAUCUGUGGGGACUAGUCGAAGAGCCAAAGUGUCAGCUAUGUCAAGAACGUGGGACCAUGGGCCAUAUCCUUUCGGCAUGCAAGACAGCGCUAACACAGGGACGAUACCGGUGGAGACAUGACCAGGUGCUUCGGGAAUUGGCAGAUGUUCUCGAGGUGGAAAGGAAGAAGAAGAGACCACCUCGUAAGCACAAACCAUCCUUCAUCCGGUUUGUAAAAGCAGGGGAGAAGGAGACGAAAGCAACAUCAGGCAACACUGGCAUUCUGGAAGGGGCAGAGACAUGGGAGAUGAGAGUUGACCUGGGGAAGAAAUUGGUGUUUCCGGACGUCGUACAGACAACGCUACGUCCGGAUGUGGUGAUAUGGUCUGCCGAAUCCAGGCAGAUUAUAGUCAUCGAGCUGACUGUGCCCUGGGAGGAGCGGUGCGACCAGGCCAAUGAGAGAAAGAGAGCCAAGUAUACGGAGCUCAUGGAACAAUGUAGGGAGCGAGGAUGGCGUACUUGGCUGUUUCAUGUGGAGGUCGGAUGCAGAGGGUUCCCGGCACGCUCAGCCUGGAAGACAUUGCAGGCUGUGGGAUUAGUUGGAAAGACACGCAAGACGGCGGUGCGUAGGCUAGCAGAGGCUGCCGAGCGCGCAUCAUGCUGGUUGUGGAACAGACGGGAGGAGAAAGACUGGAAGCCAUCCAUUGACGGGCAGUGA